AUGGAAGAAAAAAUGACACCUCUCAUAAGAAGCUAUUCUGCUGAAAAUAAUUUGGAGAAACUUACAUAUAAAAAAAAAUUGAAAGAAUUUAUAUUUUUUUAUUGUAUGCCUUUAUUAGUAAUAAUAUUAUUAUGUACAUACAUUUUUUAUAAUAAUGCAAUUUUAUACAAAAUAGCAAAAGAAAAAGAUUAUGGAAUCAUAAUAGAUGCUGGAUCUAAUGGUACUAGACUACAUUUAUUCACUUGGAAAAAAAGAGAAUAUGAAUCUAAUAAUAAAAUAAAUAGAUUAACAAAACCAUAUGAAAUAUAUAAUAAUAAUUUGAAAAAGAGUUUAUCUAAUAUCCCAUUAAAUGAAAUAGAAGAUACUUUAAUAAAAUUGAUUAAUAUAGCAAUGAAUUAUUUAAAAAAUAUCAACUGCUCCAAUAAAAAAAAAUGGAAAAAUUAUCCUUUUUAUUUUCAAGCAACAGCUGGAAUGAGAAAUUUAGAUUCCCAUGAAAGGGAUUUAAGAAUGAGAAUAAUUAGAAGUGUUUUAUCAAACUCCAAAGUUAACCCUUUUAAAUUUUUUAAUGAUUAUGCAAGAGUCAUUUCAGGUGAAGAGGAAGGAAUUUAUGGUUGGUUAUCAGUCAAUAAUGCAUUAAAUACAAUUUUUUCGAAAUCUUAUGAAACUUUCGGUGCAGUAGAUUUAGGUGGCGCUUCUACACAAAUAACAUUUUUUCCUGUAGAUACAUCUAUCUUAGAAGACUAUAAUGGUAUUCAUUUAGAUAACACAUUGAUUCGCUUAUAUUCACACUCAUUUAUAGGAUAUGGAUGGAAUGAUGCUUUAUUUAGAAUAAAUAUUAUUUUAUUUUUAAAAAAAAUGUUAGAAUAUAAUAAAAUGAAUAAAAUUUCUUAUUUUGAUAUUUUUUUUUUUAAUAAUGAUAACAAAAACAAUGGAGACUCUUCUUUUUUUGAAUUACAAAACUACUUUAAUAAGAAUGGUUCAUCUAAUGAAAAAUCAUAUAUGCAUAGUACGAAAGAUAAAAAAAUUUCAAAAGAUAUUAAAAAUGAAGAGGGAGAAAGAGAGAGAAGAAAAAAAGAUUAUAAUAAUAUGAAGAAAUAUAUAGAAAAUUCAAAAGAUAAUAGCAAUUUAUAUAGUACAAAUGAAGAAGAAAAUAAAAUAAAUGAUUUUCAUCUUGAUGAAAAUGUAUAUAAAAAGGUUUCUGAUAUUUUAUAUAAUGAGUUUAUAAAACAUGUAAAUGAAGGGGUUGAUUACAAUAUAUUAUCACAUAGAGACUCUUAUGAAUAUAUAUAUAAUAUACAUAAUACAGAACCUUAUUAUGUUGAAAAUUUUAUUAAAAAAAUUAAAAAUUUUAAAAGAAAUACAGAAAAUGAUACAAUAGUAAUUAUUGAAAAUCCUUGCUUUCCCUAUCCAUUUGAAUUAAAAAUUCCAUUGCCUACCUAUAAUGUUGCAACUAACGAAUUUGUUAUUUUAAAAAAAAAAAGUAAAAACAGUAACAAUAAUAAUAACUAUAGUGUAUUAAAUAAUAACUUUAAUUCUAGAAUAGUGUUAAAAUCUAAGAUUUUAAAAAAUAAUUUGUCUCUUUUAGAAAAUAUAUAUGAAGAUUUUAAAUCAAAAAAAAAUUUUGAAAAGAUUUUUAAAUUGAUAAAUAUUGAUAAUGCGGAGGAUUUAAAAAAUAAUUUCAUUAAGUACGUAUUUGAAAGAGAUGUAAUUCAUAAAAUUAAUGAGUUAUAUAUAGAUAUCACAAUUAAAUUUAUAGGAUCUAAUAAUUUUAAUGAAUGCUUAGCAAAUGCACAAAAAUUGUUUUAUGAAGAAUCUUGCUUUCUUUCUACAUGUAGCUUUAAUGGGGUCUAUCAACCUAAUUUAGAAAAAAAUAAAUUUGUAGUAUAUGGUCAGUUUAAAAAGGUUAUGAGAAAUUUAGGUUUUAAAAAUUAUAUAAAUUUAGAAGAAAUGAAGAAGCUUUUACAAAAAUAUUGCAAUCUUAAUAUUAAAGAAUUAACUAAUGUAUUCAAAGACAUUUCUAAAGAUCAAAUUAAUAAAUUUUGCUGGAAAGGCUUAUGGUCGUAUUCAUUAUUGCAAUAUGGCUUUAAAUUUAACCAAAAAAGUAAAAUUUUAAUUUUAGAUGAUAAAAUACAUAUUCAAGAUGAAGAUGAUGAUAAUGAUGAUGACGACAAUGAAACUGGUGAUGCAAUUGAAGAUGAAAGUGGUAAUGAAAAUGUAAAAGAAAUAAAGGAUAUUUUAAAUGGUAAUUUUAUUGUAUCUAAAAUUCUAAAAUUUAUUUUUCCUAAAAAAAUUCAUCAUAAUAAGAAAAAAAAAAUAAAGUCAAAAUUUUAUUCAGAUUUAAGUAAAACUGAGCAAAAUGGAAAAUAUAAAUAUAGUAAUACUAAUUAUUUCUAUGAUAAUACAGAUAUAGACAAUUAUAAAAAGAAAAAAAUACAUACUAAGAAUAGCAAACUAAAAAAUGAAACUGAUAAUGUGAGUUGGACUCAAGGAUAUAUGAUUUAUCAAGUUAAUUUUUUUCCUAAAUAUAUAAAUUUAAGAAAAUAUGAAAUUUAUAAAAUGCUACUAAUAUCUCUUUCUAUUAUAAUUUUUAUGAUUGUAAUCAUGCUAUGUGGUUAUGUUCUUAAAUUAAAAAAAAAAUUAAAGCAAUAUGAAUCAAUAAAUUAA